GCACUUCGCAUGCCCCUCGUGCCAGCUCCGUCGUACCCUUCUUCCUCCUCGCUACUCUCCCUCGUCUCCUCCCUCCCUCCCCUCCCCUCCCCAACCCCACCCAUGGCGCCUCCGCUAAACCCUAACCCCGCGUAAUUUGCCUCCUCCCGUACCCGAGCCCGACCGCACCUCCUCGGUCCCCGCCCACCCCCGUGCCCGCUGCACCCGCCUCGCCGGCGGGAGGCGCAGGCCAGGGGCUCACGGGACAUGGAGCAUCACCACCACAAGCCCGGGCUGCGGGUGCGCCUCCGCAUCACCGCCGCGCGGCGCCGCGCGUGGCUGUCCGCGGGGCUGCAGUCCGCCUGCCGCAAGCCGCCGCGCCGCGACCCGUCCGACUCCGUCCACAAGGUCGCGCGCCGCGAGAUCGGCGGGGGCCACCGCCGGCCGCCGCGGCCCGCGGCGCCCUCCUCCUCCGCCUUCUCCUGCCCCGAGAAAUUCCGGAACUUCCAGCUGCAGGAAGAGUAUGACACCUAUGAUGAUGAAGUCCAUUUUCUUGUUCAGCUGCCCUUUUUGUGGAGCAGAACCAAAAUCAUUGAGAUUGUUGCAGCAAAGGAUGUCAUAUUUGCACUUGCCCAAUCUGGUCUGUGUGGUGCAUUUAAUCGAGCAACAAACAAGCGCAUAUGCUACUUGAAUAUAAGUCCUGAUGAGGUGAUUAGGAGUUUGUUUUACAAUAAAAACAAUGAAUCCCUUAUCACUGUUUCAGUUUAUGAAUCAGAUCGUUUCAGCUCACUCAAGUGCAGAACAACUCCAAUAGAGUACAUCAGAAGAGGCCAAUUGAACGAUGGAUUUCCUUUAUUUGAGACUGAAUCACUGAAAUACCCUGGUUUUGUUGAGUUUGAUGAUGUUAAUGGCAAAGUACUGACCUUUUCAGCACAGGAUAGCACCUACAAAGUUUUUGAUCUGAAGAACUACAAUUUUCUGUAUUCUAUAUGCGAUAAGAAUAUCCAGGAGAUCAAAAUAAGUCCUGGAAUCAUGCUCGUGAUUUACCAUAAGUCAGCUAAUCAUGUUCCGUUAAAGAUACUUUCUAUUGAGGAUGGAAGCCCACUGAAAACCUUUACUCAGUUGCUACAUCGGAGCAGAAAAGUUGACUUCAUUGAGCAGUUUAAUGAAAAACUUCUCGUGAAACAAGACAAGGAAAACCUACAGAUUAUUGAUGUUAGAAACUCCAAUCUGAUUGAGGUCAACAAAACCGAAUUUAUGACUCCUUCGGCCUUCAUCUUCCUCUACGAAAAUAAUCUAUUCCUGACAUUUUGCAAUAGGACGGUUGCAGCGUGGAAUUUUCGUGGAGAACUAGUUACAUCAUUUGAUGACCAUGAGUUGUGGCAUUCUAACUGCAAUACCAAUAAUAUAUACAUCACUGCGGACCAGGAUUUGAUUAUCUCAUACUGCAAAACUUCAAAGGAGGUCAGAGACAGGGAUGGCACCUGCGAGGGCAUAGGUUCCCCCACGGGAUCAAUUAACAUGAGCAACAUCUUCACGGGAAAGUGCGUCGCCAAGAUCUCCCCCCUCGACCCUACUCUCACAAUUGCUCCUCGAAAAAGAGGUGAUAGCAGCAGAUCUACCAUUCGGAGCACCGUUUCUGAUGCUCUUGAGGACAUCACCGCGCUAUUCUAUGAUGAGGAUCGCAACGAAAUCUACACCGGAAACAGUAAAGGCCUGGUGCAUGUCUGGUCAAACUAGUUUCACCUCCCCAACACCAACCUUGUAGAUACCUCUGUACCUGUCUUUCUCUUGCUGUUGCAUUACAAAUGUAAUGAUCUUCCGGUCUCUGAUAUAGUGGAAUUGUGGCUCCCAGACAUUAUACCAUUGGUAGAAUAAUCUGAGUGUAGAUUUUCUUGA